UUCUUGAAACACAUCGAAAUCUCUCGCUAUUGUUGGGUUUAGUUUAUCUUUUUAUGACCUAAUCAGUUUUAUAACGAUUUGUUCGAAUUUGUUUUUGGAUUAUUACCCACGAUUUGAAACACGAUUACGUAGUUUUGCAUCUAGAAAGAGGCGAAAGUUGUUGAAAGCUGACAAAACUUGGAACGUCAUUGAGAUGCUUAGCUGAUAGCUAGCUAAGAUAAAUGACGCUAGCAAGAGAACUGCCUUGGAAAACUUUUCUGGCAACGUAGUCUCGUAUUACUCCGCAACAGGUCAAUAUACUUUGAAAAUAAUCGGUGUCUCCAAUAAACAAACGCGCAAAUUGCUUUGUUUUUGAUAAUCUAGGCUAUAGAUGUUUCGAUUAUGUUAACUGAAAUGUAAAUUGUUAAAUGGGAUCACGUCACUUUACACACUGUUAAUUUCCUUUAAAAGUCUUCUUCGUUUUGCUUAACGCAAUGAACGAAUGCAGUUUACUGUCGGAUUACAGGGAUUAACGUUACAAGAAGAUUUCCUGGGGCCAGGAUCAAAGAAUUCUUUGUCAAAGGUUAAAUAAUUUACUGCUCCACGCCAAGAUGAUGCCGAUGUUUUUGACUGUUUACCUCAGCAACAAUGACCAGCAUUUCACAGAGGUCCCCAUCACUCCUGACACUGUGUGCCGUGAUGUGGUGGAGCUUUGCAAAGAGCCUGGAGAGAUGGAGUGUCACCUGGCAGAGAUGUGGCGUGGAUCAGAGCGUCCGGUGGGUGAUGGGGAGAGGAUGCUGGAGCUGCUGCAGCGCUGGGGACACCAGAGAGCGGAGGUGCGCUUCCUCCUGAGGCAUGACCGAGCCCCGAGCCACGAGUCAGGUGGUUCCAGAGGCUCAGAACACAAGAAGAAUGGAGUGAAGGGUCCAGCGGAGAGAAGGAUGGAGAAUGGGGUAGCUGCUCCACGCAUGGACAUGACCCUUGCAGAGCUGCAGGAGAUGGCAGCCAGACAACAGCAGCAGAUUGAUGCCCAACAGCAACUCCUGGCCUCCAAGGAGCAGCGCCUGCGCUACCUGAAGCAGCAGGACCAGAGGCAGCAGCAGCAGGCCGUGGAGCAGGAGAAGCUGCAGAGACUGCGGGAGAACGUGGAGAAGCAGGAGACGCGGCUGAAGAAGGUCCGGGCCCUCAAGGGCCAGGUGGAGCAGAAACGCCUCAGCAAUGGAAAGUUGGUGGAGGAGAUUGAGCAGAUGAAUAGUCUGUUCCAGCAGAAACAGCGUGAGCUGGUGGUGGCUGUUUCCAAGGUUGAAGAGUUGAGCAGACAGCUAGAGAUACUAAAGACUGGCAAAAUGGACCCCUUCAACAACAACCAGAGCUCUGUGGCUGAACUGGACUGCCUUUACAAAGAAUUGCAGUUAAGGAACAAGCUGAACCAAGACCAGAAUGUCAAGCUCCAGCAUCAACGGGAGAACCUGAACAAGCGGAACCAGGAGGUGGCAGCCAUGGACAAGCGUGUGAGCGAGCUCCGAGAGCGCCUCUGGAAGAAGAAGGCGGCUCUGCAACAGAAAGAGAACCUACCUAAUGGCUUUCCUGUUAAAGAGAAGGCUUCAAAAGACUCUCAUCCUAAGGUGUCCUCUGACAGCCAUCCCCAACAGCAGACGGGUGGGUCUCGCGUGGCAGCAGUGGGCCCCUACAUUCAGUCCUCCACUAUGCCCCGUGGACAAUUGAGGCACGAGCUGUUGGUGAAGCCUACUUACCCAGAUGGCACUUCAACCUUGCCAGCACCAGAGAGAACCAUCCCAGAACUCAAGCCAAGCACAGGUGUCCAGUCACCAAAGGUGGCCAAUCUGUCGGACCAGAGCAUUUCUACUCCAAGCUUCCCAUCCUCCACCCUCCCCAGGACCAACACGCACCCCCCAGAGGAGCAAGCAGAUGACACUGAGGUCCUAAAGCGAGGGGGGCAGGACAGGAAAGUGCGCCCUUUCUCCAUGUUUGAGUCCAUUGAGACGCCUGCCACAGUGCUGCCCCCUACCUCCCUCCGGAAGAACCAAAGCAGUGAGGAUCUGGUCAGGGAUGCCCAGAUUGUGGGAAAGGUGGUGAAGGUUCCUCCUCCAGUUCCAAACAAACCCAGACAGGUCAACCUUCUUCCAGGCACCCAGAUACCAUAUGGCAAGCAGGCCUUUCACACCAGUACUUUCCCAGGGAAAGCCAAAGGUCCCAUCCAUCAGCAAACUACUGGCUCUCAGGGUCAUUUGCCUCUGCCCUCAUGUCAGAGCAACACUCUCCCUCUGCCCAAACAAGAGGCCCCACCAGCGGCCACAGUUCGUCCCUUCACCCCGGAGCUCCCUGGGGCCAAAGACGCCUUUCAAAAGCCACAGUCGGGGGCCGCAAGCUACAUCUAUAAGAUGUACAUAGGAGACUCAUCCCAACAGGGUGUGCAGGGAGCGCUAUCGAGGUCUCAGAUCCGAGGCAACAACUUUGUUAGUGUGUAUGGGAAACCAGUCAUCUCUGGGGGGUCUCAGACAUCUCUGAACCAGUACCCAGAAAACCCUUAUAUGGAUCAACACAGUGGCAGCAGCAGCAACAGCAGCGCCCCAGACACAGAGGUGGAUGGGGGCGCUGUGGGCCACGGGGGGGCCCCUGAGAGCCAGGAGACGGAGCGCACCCCACGGCCCCUCAGCCCCACUAAGCUAUUGCCCUUCAUCUCCAACCCCUACCGGCACCAGAGUGAUGUGGACCUGGAGGCCCUGCGCAAGAAGCUGUACAAUGCACCACGCCCCCUUAAGAAGCGCAGCUCCAUCACGGAGCCAGAGGGUCCUGCGGGACCCAACAUUCAGAAACUGCUUUACCAGAAAACCACACUGGCUGCCAUGGAAACCACUUCCUCUGAGCCAGUUUACCAGCCAGGUGUCGUUGAAGAGGAUAAGGAGAGUUCCAACAUGUUUCCAGCAGCUGUGAUUGAGAUCUCUCCCUUAGAGGAUGUGGCUCCUGAGGAGGCUCUUCUCGAGCCACCUGCUCUUUCCUCUGCUAUCUCUGAGGCCGAAGGGGGCGAGUUCGUCCCCCCACCACCACCACCUCACCCUGCGCCACGUCCAGGGGACUCUCUCUUGCACCUGCCUCCACAGGUCGCCCCGGAGCAGCCAUCCAGCCUUCCCCCUCCUCCUCCUCCUGAAGGUUUCCUGGAGGAGUUUCCUCCAUACCCACCCCCUCCCUACCCCAGUACUGCAACAGGGCUGGAACAGGAGAGCCUAGGGGAGGACACCUUCAGCAUGGAGCCGCCCGAGGUCACCGGCCAGGUCACCCUGCCUCCAGGUAAGAGGACAAACUUACGGAAGAAUGGAUCCGAGCGCAUUGACCACAGCAUGAGGGUGAAGUUCAACCCACUGGCCCUUCUGCUGGACUCUUCACUAGAGGGAGAGUAUGACUUAGUCCAGAGGAUCAUCUAUGAGGUUGAGGAUCCCAGCCAGCCUAAUGAUGAAGGAAUCACUGCCCUCCAUAAUGCUGUCUGUGCUGGACACACUGAGAUAGUCAAGUUCUUGGUGCAGUUUGGGGUUAAUGUCAAUGCAGCUGACAGUGAUGGCUGGACACCCCUGCACUGUGCAGCCUCCUGUAAUAAUGUACAGGUUUGUAAGUUUCUGGUGGAGUCAGGGGCUGCUGUGUUCGCCAUGACAUACAGUGACAUGCAGACUGCUGCAGACAAGUGUGAGGAGAUGGAAGAGGGUUACACACAGUGCUCCCAGUUUCUCUAUGGUGUUCAGGAGAAGAUGGGCAUCAUGAACAGAGGAGUAGUCUAUGGUCUGUGGGACUAUGACAAGGAGGGCAUCGAUGAGCUUUGCUUCCUGGAGGGUGACUGCAUGACUAUUGUGCGGCGUGAAGAUGAGGAUGAGGUCGAGUGGUGGUGGGCACGUAUUGGCAACAUGGAGGGUUACAUACCCCGCAACCUCUUGGGGUUAUAUCCCAGAAUAAAGCCACGGCAGAGGAGUCUGGCCUAAAAGAAGAGGACACUGACCAAUGGAACAUCAGGUCACUGACCACGGGGGAUCACAGGGUGCUCGUCUGCGGAUUGACGGAGAACUUAUUAAAAGGACAUUUCCGUCAGAAUAUAACAGUACCAAAAUAUAUGAAGGAUCAAGAUUUUGUAAUCAAACUCUUUGGACUCAUCCGAAGUAUUUUUGCAUAUGACAAAUGUGUACAUUUUAUAAAGAAAUGUAGCAUUUAUGUUGUGGAUGUAUAUAUUUUUGAAUCUAAGCUUCUAUGGUAUGUCAUUUAUUAGAGCUGAUCUUUGGAUAAAAAUAGAAAAAUCAGUAUAUUAGACAUGUGUAUUGACCCGAAUUGAUUACUGUUUAACAUUUGGUGCCUUUGCAUUCAGUCCCGCCCGUACUACACUUCUUCUGUGUUCAUUCUGCAGUGUCCAUGUGCAUAUCAGCAUAGCCAACACUAUAUUCACUUUUCUGUUACUGAAAACCGAAUGUAGUGUAUUGUAUAAUAUAGAAAGGAUUAAAUCACUAGACUGCCAAGUAAUUAUGAAAGCAAUAAAUAGCGAUCAUUGUGACACCAUUUCUCUGUCCAUCUAUUUCCUUGACAUUCUCACUAGGUCAGUGGAAGGAUGAAUAGCGAUGGUCAAAGCUAAAUAAUUCACUUUUUGUUUUUGUUCAUAUACAAAAAAAUACACACACAGAUCUGAGGACAUCAAUAUGUGUUGUUCCAAGGACAUUCAUACACUACCAUUGUCCAUUUCUUUCUUUUUGUGAUAUUACCAUGUGACAUUUUGUCUGUAUGAUCUCAGUGUUUAGUAUUUUAUAAUAAAAAAAAAUGUACACGUG